AUGUAUCGUGACCAUUGAGCAACAUGUCAGGCAGGAAGAUUCUAAGGCGGUUUUCUUCAAGCAUUUCUGAUUUGCUAGCGAUCCAGAAACGAACGAAUGUGGACGAAAACGACAAUGGUACCGCUCUUCAUAGGGCUGUCCAGAUGGGCAACGCUAUCAUGGCGAAGGGUCUACUUGACAAUAGAUCGGUGUGGGUCGAUGAAGAAGACGGCCAUGGAAAAACAGCCCUACAUUACUCUGUGGAACAGAACUCGACUGAACUUAUUGAGGUGUUAAUUGCCGGUGGGGCCAAUGUAGACUGCGUGGAUUUUCAAGGAACAUCUGCUUGCCACUUGGCUUGUAAAGAAGGAAGUGUCGACGCGUUCGAAAUAUUGAUGAUCCACCGCGCAGAUGCAUUCUGCAUCGACAAACUCGGCAAGACGCCGUUCGACCUUGCAUGUGAAUUUGGCAAAGAGCGGAUGGUGGACUACAUGCUGAAGUCGAUGGAAGACCUUUCCAUUCUCCGACAUGCAGGGGAAGCGCAUAAAGCUUCAGCAUUGCAUCUUGCUGCUCGAAAUGGUCAUACUCACAUUGUGUGCAAACUGCUCGAAUACGGCUGGGACGUGAAUCGAACUACCGCUCUCGGUAGCGCUCUUCAUGAAGCUGCUGGUUAUGGUCGAGCUCAAGUCGUUCGUUUCCUGCUACAUGCAGGAAUAAACGCAUCACUCACGAAUGCAGCUGGUCUAACAGCAUCAGAGUACGCAAAGAAGAACGCGCAUCGUAAUCCGAUUACAAUCAAAGAGAUUCGAUUUCUACUCAAAGAGUGCAAAAACUUCGUGUACGGCGAGGCCAUCGAACAACAUCGUGGAGUGCGCGCCGACGAGCUCUCGUUCGACGUCGGCGACUUGGUGUUGAUAGUCGAUCGAAGGCACUCACCUGAAGGCAAGUGGAAGGGCGUGGUUUUUGGGCAGAAAGGCAAUUCGCGCAGUGGACAUUUUCACUCAUCGGCUGUGAAGAUUAUUGACAAACCAGAAUCCGUGAUUUCCAUGUCGUCUCGAGUCGCUGUCGCACCGUUUCAAAGUUCGGCGCCUCUUACAGGACGGCAAGCCAAAAAAGUGAAUGUCCCUGUGGUGCCAGAUAUGAGUAUGGUUGAUAGGAAGUACGAGGAUGUAAAUCGAAAUGUCAGAAGCAAUCUGAGCUGUCGUUCAAUGGCCUCACCCUCCCAACUAAGCGAUGAUCGAUGUAGCAGCGAUUCUGCGAACUGCAACAGGACUUCUCGGCCACCUAUCGUCGGCACAAACUCAUCGUCUUCAUUCGCCAGCUACGGCACUGAAGUCGGCCAUCUUCUCGGCACAAAAAACGGCGGCAUGGCGUCGUUGGCGUAUCCCUCGACAUCAGUACUACCUGAUCCGUCCCAUCGGAUCUCGACAGGUUCGAACUCUAGCCAGGGAAGCUCCGGAUUCGAAAGCAUGAAGUCGCAUGGAACUACUUCUGCUUCAUCGUCGUCUUCGUCGUUCCAUACCUCCUCCCUCCUUACCCCUAGUCACACAGACUCACCGCCUAGCCGUAUAAGCGUACAUUCGAGUGGAAGUGGUGGCAGUGGAUCAUCGUCGCUCGCUUCGUCAUCGGUUGAUGCGCUUGACGAGUCGUUUUACUCAUCGGCUUCGGAGGCGCCAGUAAAUGUCACACAGAUGGUGGCGAAAGGCGUGCCGGAGGCUGAAAUUCUAGCCAUCUGGUUAGAUAAGAUUGGUAUGGCCGAGUAUCUGGCGCUAUUCCUCACACAAGGCUACGAUCUGUCCUCAAUAGCACGAAUAACCCCGGAAGACCUGUUAACUCUUGGAAUCACAAAUCCGGCUCAUCGAAAACGGCUCAUGACGGAUAUUCAUAGUUGGCAGAUCACAGACAGCUGGCCAUCUGUGCCUCCCCAAGGCGGAUUGAGUGAAUGGUUAACGUUGCUGGCUUUACCAGAGUACAUAAGUGUUUUCGACUCACAGGGAUAUGAUACAGUACAGGAAGUCAUGAAUUUGAGUUGGGAAGAUUUUGAGGAUAUAGGAGUGAAGAGGUUGGGACAUCUGAAACGACUAGGCUUGGCGAUCAAGAAACUAAAGGAUUAUCGACGUUCGAUGAAUAAUCCAGUAGACCCGGUGGCGAAUGCAAGCAAAGUCCAUCCAGUGCAGGUGCCCUCGCCAAUGCUUUCUGCACGCUCCGUCGCAUCGCCGCAGGAGCAACCAGUUCCCCCGUCAAGGAGAAAUGACCCGCCACCUCCAGCUCCUUCCAGUUUAUACCGGACAAAAGCGAACCUGAAUGGGAACAUCGAUUAUAUAAGCUACUCAAGGGGAUCGAAAAACCCACCUGCUCCUCCAUCAAGGGCUAGUGAAGAGAGCUCUGGAACUUACAGCGAGUUGAGAAGAACCUCAAAAGGAUCUUAUGACCCUAUAUUUGAUAAGAUCGAGCCGAUAAGGUUAAAUUUGGUGUCAACUGGAAAAAUUCUUAGUGAAGCAAGCCGUGAACGCGACACCCCAUCAAGUCUUGGUGCUCCAAAUGCUGACUGCCCUCCACCUCCUGCCCCUCUACACUGCGAAGGAUCCAUUCGUCGUCUGCAACAUGCAUUCCAGUCAUCUGCAGGAAGCAGCGGUGGAUCAUCCUCUAGUUUAGAACAACUGCCAUUUGCCAAUGAAAAUUGUGGAACAAUAAAGUCUAGAGAAGAAUCUGCGAGAAAAUCAAGCAUAUCGCAACCGCAAACGCCUCGAAAAUCACUGCCAAUGAAGAUUCCUGAUUGCUCAGCGUCUAGCUGUGAGAAGUCGGCGCAUCCAGUCGGUCCUAACGGGAACGUCCUGUCCGAUAUUGGUUUUAUGCUACAAAACCUGACAGAUGAGUUGGAUGCAAUGUUGGAUCCGGCAAAACCUACAGUGAAGAUGCCUCCUCUCUUUCCUGUACCAAAAUAGUCCUUCAUCUACGAAACUUCCGUGCAUUUCGGUUAAAUCUGCCUAGUUCAGCCUCCUUUGUGUUGGAUUCGUCCGAUUCACGUAUAAAUCAUAUCUGAAUUUUUUUUUCGUUUCAUGACGCUGCUGAGUACGGUGUAUCAUUAGGAGCUACUGUGGAUGAUUGUAGUCUGACUUCUGCGAUCACCACUUUUUGUUUGUAUCACAUCUUUCGGACAAUCAUUUGUGUCAUAGUUCUGUUCGUUCUUUGUUUAAAUGAGCAGUGCGAUUUUUGAGGUUGAGCAGGUAGUGCUAGUUCUCACUCAUUCUUUGCUGAUUAAAAGCCGGUCAAUUCAAUCAUAAUUGCUGCGAACGGCGAUCAGUUGAAAUCCGUAUAUUUUUGUAAAUGAGCCCUGAAUGUUAC